UAGCACCCCCUCCCAGAGCCCCGCGCGCUCCCGCCCGGCCCCUUCAGAGUCUGUGUGUCUGUCGGCCCGCCCUCCCUCCUCGCUCUCCUCUGCCUCCUUCCCUCCCUCCCCCUCGUGCUCCUCUGGGGGUGCCGGUUACAGCCUGCCGUUCCGCCCUCCCGCCGUUCGAGUCAGUUUCCCUCUCGGCCGCGGCUGGCAGGCGAAGGCGGCGGCGGCGGCGGCGCGGGGAGCAUCCCGAGGCCACCGCGCUUCUCCGGCUGGAGCGGGCGCGCAGCUCGGCUGCCCCUCGGCCCUUCCCUGCCGCGUCUCGUGCGCCCGAGCGCCCGGCUCGCUUCUCUCCGAAGCGGACGGAGCGCCUUGCAGGGUCCCGCCGCCCUGGCCCGGAUCCUCGGGCUGGCGCUCUCCAGAGAGCGGCGCUGUCCGCGUCUGCCGCCCCGCCGCCCCUGGCCACCGGGGGGUGCCCCAGGGACUUAGCGCCGCGCAGAAGAGGCAAAGGGGACCAUGCGGCGCCUGACUCGCCGCCUGGCACUGCCAAUCUUCGGGGUGCUGUGGAUCACCGUGCUGCUGUUCUUCUGGGUAACCAAAUGGAAGUUGGAGGUGCCGCCGGGACCUGAAGUGCAGACCCCCAAGCCUUCCGAUGCUGACUGGGAAGACCUAUGGGAGCAGUUUGAUGAACGACGGUAUCUGAAUGCCAAAAAGUGGCGCGUUGGUGAUGACCCCUAUAAGCUGUAUGCUUUCAACCAGAGAGAGAGCGAGCGGAUCUCCAGCAAUCGAGCUGUCCCGGACACUCGACAUCCGAGAUGCUCACUGCUGGUGUAUCACAUAGAACUUCCGCCCACCAGCAUCAUCAUCACUUUCCACAACGAGGCAAGAUCCACCUUGCUUAGAACCAUCCGCAGCGUGUUAAACCGAACCCCUAUGCAUUUGAUUCAGGAAAUCAUAUUAGUGGAUGAUUUCAGCAGUGACCCUGAUGACUGCAAGCAGCUCCUCAAGCUGCCCAAAGUGAAGUGCUUACGCAACAAUGAACGUCAAGGUCUGGUCCGGUCCCGGAUGCGGGGUGCUGACAUUGCCCAGGGCACCACUCUGACAUUCCUGGACAGCCACUGUGAGGUGAACAGGGACUGGCUGCAGCCCCUGUUGCACAGGGUCAAAGAGGACUACACUCGGGUGGUGUGCCCUGUGAUUGACAUCAUUAACCUGGACACCUUCACCUACAUCGAGUCGGCCUCAGAGCUCAGAGGGGGGUUUGACUGGAGCCUCCACUUCCGGUGGGAGCAGCUCUCCCCAGAGCAGAAGGCUCAGCGCCUGGACCCCACGGAGCCCAUCAGGACUCCAAUCAUCGCUGGAGGGCUCUUUGUGAUUGACAAAGCUUGGUUCGAUUACCUGGGGAAAUAUGACAUGGACAUGGACAUCUGGGGUGGGGAGAACUUCGAAAUCUCCUUCCGUGUGUGGAUGUGUGGGGGCAGCCUGGAGAUUGUUCCCUGCAGCCGCGUGGGACACGUCUUCCGGAAGAAGCACCCGUAUGUUUUCCCUGAUGGAAACGCCAACACAUACAUAAAGAACACCAAGCGGACAGCCGAAGUGUGGAUGGAUGAAUACAAGCAAUACUACUAUGCUGCCCGGCCUUUUGCCCUGGAGAGGCCUUUUGGAAACAUUGAGAGCAGGCUGAAUCUGAGGAGGAAUCUGCAGUGCCAGAGCUUUAAGUGGUACCUGGAGAACGUCUACCCAGAGCUCAGUGUCCCACAGGAUUCCUCCAUCCAGAAGGGCAACAUCCGGCAGAGGCACAAGUGCCUUGAGUCUCAAAAGCAGAAUGACCAAGAGAUCCCGAACCUAAGGCUGAGCCCCUGUGUCAAGCUCAAAGGAGAAGAAGCAAAGUCGCAGGGGUGGGCCUUCACCUACACCCAGCAGAUCAUCCAGGAGGAGCUGUGCCUGUCAGUCGUCACCUUGUUCCCUGGCGCCCCGGUGGUCCUCGUUCUUUGCAAGAAUGGAGAUGAGAGACAGCAAUGGAGCAAGACGGGUUCCCGCAUCGAGCACAUAGCCUCCCACCUCUGCCUAGACACGGACAUGUUUGGUGACAGCACUGAGGACGGCAAGGAGGUGGUUGUCAACCCAUGUGAGUCCUCGCUCAUGAGCCAGCACUGGGAGAUAGUGAGCUCCUGAGGACGCUGGGUGGAUCCAGCUGGGGAACCACGCUUCCCUGGACCAGAACAGACUGGAAACCAGGCUGAGAACAGCCUGCAGCUGUACCAGAUGCCCUGGCUGGAGGAGAAGCAGAAUCUCCCAGGACAGGAGCUGCUGUCUCAGGGAGGAGGCAAGAGAAGGUCGCAAGCCAGCUGGGCUCAGCGGCAAACUCCUCAUGUGCGUAGUGCUCUGAAGAUCCGUCCUGACCCAGUCUUCCCCUGACAUGCACCUGGAGACAAAGAUCUAAUGGGAAGUGCUUGCUGUUCCUUUCUUACAAAAGAGGUCAGAGCAGGAAGCUUUCCUUGUCACCAGGCUAGGACGAAAUUGGAGAUACAGAAUGGAAGUGGUUUUCAGAACAAAUAAAGUUACCCUGAGAAGUUGUCCUUGA